UGUUCUGGUCCUUCAUUCCGUCGCGAAACCUUGUCUGGGUUGCACGUCAAUUUAAUCAUAUUGUGGACGCUCGCCAAAUCUAUAUUUACUGUUAGAGUCAGGAAAAGAAAAUAUUGUGAAUUAAGUGAAGUGAUUGUGAAUUUUAUUGCCCGAAUCACGCAGUUACCAUGAACUCUGGCUGGCUGGCGUGGGAGUGUAUAGUUUUCGCGGUGUUCAUAUGCGCGUCAUCAUGUUUGCCCCUCUGGAGUCGGAAGAAGGAUGCUGCAGCGGCCGGGAGUGCCAAAAGAGCCUAUAUUUUCGCUGGAGGAGGGGUGUCGGUACUCUCAAUGAUGCUGUCUGUGGCGAGAGGCACAUUGGGUGUACGGUCGUUUUUAGGGUUUCCAUCUGAGCUGGUGUACUUCGGAUCGUCAAUGUGGGAGACCCUAUAUGGAAUGAUCUUGGCGUUUCCUGUGGUCUGUUUGGUGUUUAUUCCUGUUUACUUCAGACUUCAUACAAACUCUGUCUAUCAAUAUUUAGAGAUGCGUUUCGGCUCAAAAUCAGUUCGUCGACUUGCGGCAGCUACUUUUCUACUCCGCCAAGUACUAAACCUAGCAGUUACAGUAUAUACGCCAACAGUUGCAUUACACGCAGUUCUCGGGCUACCCCACUGGGCGUCUGCCGCUGCGUUGACUGUGGUCACUGUGGUUUUUAAUUUGUUAGGCGGGUUGGCGGCAGCUAUCAGAGCUGAUGUAAUUCAAACAUUGACAAUGGUGCUUGUGAGCGGUGCCUUUAUCAUUCAAGCUACAAUCAAAUCUGGCGGACCCGCACAGGUCCUUCAAGAUAACAUUGAUGGUGGAAGAAUGAAGUUUUUCAACUUCACCUGGGAUCCAACAGUCCGCGUGGACACAUUCUCCGCCAUCAUCGGUCAGCUUUUCAUGUCCGUAUCAAUAUAUGGCUGUCAACAGACCUUCGUCCAAAGAUACUGCUCCAUGUCCAGCGAAUCUAAAGUCAGGAGGAUUCUCUUCUCGAAUGUUCCAGCAGUUUCUGUCCUCUUCAGCCUAUCCUGGGUGGUCGGGAUGGCCUUAUACUCGCUAUAUAGAUACUGUGAUCCUCUGAUGAGUGGAAGAAUCAGUGCCCCAGAUGAAGUUCUGCCGUUUUAUGUGCAAAAUCAAUUUGCUUUUCUGCCAGGAAUGCUUGGUUUGUUUUUGGGGAGUAUCUUCAAUGGAGCGCUAAGUUUUCUGGUGUCGAAUAUUAACUCGCUGUCAACUGUGACUUGGGAGGACUUCGUUUCAUCAGCACCAGCUUUCAAGGACAUCACUGACAAACAACAAUUAACUGCGAUCAAGAUUAUUGGCAUUAUCUAUUCAAUAAUUAUAAUGAUUAUGUCGCUGUUCGUACGAUUCGUCAACGGGGUGGUAGAAGCAAAUAUGCUGGUAACAUCGGCGACUUCUGGAGCGCUGCUGGGUGUGUUUUUGUUGGCAACCCUAUUCCCUAUGGCGAAUGGAAAGGGGGCAUUAUGUGGCAUGAUCGUCUCUCAUGUAUUAACAAUAUGGAUGGCGGUGGGGAGAUUGCUUUAUGUUAAUACUAAAGUAGAUAUGCUGCCACUGUCUGUUGAGAACUGUCCCAAUGCAACUGUCCGAGCACUGAAUCCGCGACCUAUGGCGGUCGUUGUCAAUGAAACACUGUCGCGUUUCGCCCCUGUCUUCGAAGCUAUUGACAGUAGUCAUAUUACAAAAGAGGCUGUUUCUGAAAACAUAGUGUUUGACAGUUUAAUGAAAUUCUACUCAAUAUCCUACAUGUGGUAUGCCGUAAUAGGGACCCUAGUCUGCGUACUUUGUGGAGUAAUCGUUGGCUAUCUAACGAACAAGGAAUCGGACAAAUUUGACGAGCGACUUCUACAUCCAUUAGUGGCGAGAAUGUCCCGCAAGUGCCCGGGAAAAUCACAUACAUUCAAAACGCCUGAUAGGGAGAGAACCUCCGAGGAAAAUGAAGCUUCUGAUAAAACAUGUGAUACAAUAGUUGAGGAUCAAAAAACUCAAACCGGACUUGCUGGUAAUAAAAUAUAUUAUAUUGAUAGUAUUGAGCCGAUGAAAACUAGGCUAUGAUAGGAUAAGGGAAUGUUGUGCCAAUUUUGUAUAUAAGUGUAUAUAAGUAGGGUGUAAUAUUUAAUUGUAUAAUAGGUUUUGUAUAUCGAAGUAUUGAUUUUAUAAAAUUUACUGUAUGUUUUUGUGGCUUGACAACCAUGACCACUAUUAACAAAGUUCCUUAAAAAAUAUAAAAUUGUUUUGUUAUGCAAAUAUUUUAUUUAGUCUUGUGUUGUAUUCACGCUAAAUCGUAGUCACUAAGCCCAUAUCACAACUUAAUUUAUGAAAGUUAAUUGUCAAAUUGACAAGUGACAAAUUAGGUGACGUGUGCAAAUUAGCUACCAGUGCAAUGUAAGGUGUUUCAGAUGCGCUCUAUAGGCAUGUUUUGUGUAUGUGUAUGAUGUAUUUAUAACCCGUAUUAUUUGAAAUUUUAAUUUUAGGGCUUUAUUCAGCUUGGCAGAAAUUAAAUUACGCGUUUUACACUGCAUUUGAUUAUCAUUCGGAGUAUAAAGUAUGCUUUAUGGUUUUAAAUUAAAUGUAGUAGUGUUUUAUCUUUAAUCUUAGUAUAAAUCGCACUUAAUGGGUAACCAGUGUAUUGUUAUAUUAAAGAUUUUAGAUAUCUAAAAAAAGACGUACUUUUUAUGGCGUAACAUAGAUAUAAAAAAGACAGUCUUAAAGACAAAAUAUUUUUUGAGUGUAAUUUAUUCCUAAUAGGAGCUGUGAAUCGUACUAAUUGAAAUGCUAAAAUCUGAUGUACAACUAAACCAAAACCUUUUCGACGUUAUCAUGGGUGAGACGCAAAUAGCCAAUGUCUAAUUACUAAGAAAAAAUUCUUUGGUAUAUUCAUUCGCGUUUUGCAAAGCGGAUCUAAAAUCUCUGACUUAAAGAAAUUUCUAACACUUCCCAGAUUUAGUUAGUAUAUUAAAAUAUUUACUCUCCUGGUGUUAGAUAAAGUGACCUUGGUUUUCGAAACUAAACAUAGAUUUUUACUAUAAAUAUAUAUGUUAUUAAGAGAGAAAAAUAAAGCGUACAUCAGAUCUAUCAUUUACCCAAUAAAAACUUAUAUAGGAUUAGUUAAGAAUUUGAACUGCAAUUAUUAUGAAUUUUAAAACGACAUAGUGAUAGUUAAUAUUAGUUUGACUGUGAUUAUACAUAAUAUAGAAUAUAGAUGCCAAAACAUGAAUAUAUAUGUUUUACGCAUGCAUGAAAAUAUAUAAAAGAAAAUGAUAGCGAUUGUUUGGAAGGUCAAGCAGGUAUAUUCUAGAAAAGUCCAUUUUAAUGUACAAAGACGGUCAGAGUCGACUAUUGUAAUUACACACUAAAUAUUGACACGCUCACAAAAUAUAAACAAAUAUGGAAGAUAUAUAAUAUACGGAACUAAGAAAUCUAAUUGAUUUAAGGAAGUAUUUAAAAUAUCUAGUUUAUGUUUUUAUUCUCUGUAACUAAAAAAUGAAACAAAUACGGCUCAUAUGUAAAUGUGUCUUUUAGUUAUAAGUGGACAAGACUGUUACGUACGAAACGUCGAGUUAUGCAAAUUGUGUAAUAAAAUGUAAUUUAUGAAUGACAUAAUGUUUAACCAUCGUAAAUCAAUCGAAUGGCACUGUUUUAAUUCCAUCUAUCUCUUUUCUCUCUGUCUCACAAUUUGAUAGAAGGAGACGAAAGAGUAUAUUAAAUUAAUUAAAAGAGUGUAAUCAGAAUUUAUUUUUUUGAAUAAGGUGGUAAAGUUUUGAAAUUAAUACAUGGAUGCCAUUGGAUACUUAGUAACUAGACGUUGUUAUGUUAAUACUAGUUAUGGGCUGUAUUGAUUUAUGUAUUAUUUAGUGAUCAUGUUGUAUGUGUUGUUGCCAUUAUGUACUUAUAUUGAUCAGUAUUACAUAUGAAUAUUUUCAGAGAAAAAUAAAGAUUUAUUUUAACGAA